AUGAACAUCAAGCAUAUUUAGAUGUAACAUUUAGUUUGUGAACAUCAAGAAACAUAUCCUUCUCAAAGAAAGAAGCCACAUGUGUAUUGGCUGCUUAUUAAGGUAAUUGUUCAAUUGUAUAAUUUAGAUAAAUUAAAAUCUACUCAAGAGGCUUUGGCAUAAAAUGAAUAAGAUUUACAAAACAAAAAGGAUCCUAUAUGUAAGAAUUAUAGACAAUAUGUAUAGAGUAGGAUAAGGAUGCUCAAGCCUAAGAGAUCUAAAUAUACAGUGAACUUAAGUCACAAUAUCAAAUUUAACAUCAAACUACAAGAAAUGCCAAAGAGUUUGCUAAUUCUGCUGAAGUCAGUACAGUCAUUAGAAACAAGUUAAAUUCAAGAGGACUAGUUUGA